UAGGUCCUGGCCUUGCAUGUGGUAAGCUGCGGGAAAUGUAGGCCAAAAAAAGAGGGCGCUUGUGUAUCGGUUGGUUGACUGGUUUUUGCUUUUUCGGUAACUGUCUCAGAAGUCCUUCGUUAAUUUGUUAGCUACCGAGAUCGACCUAAGCUGAAGAGCUCGGCUAGGACUUCAAAAAUUUUUGCCGAAAAUGAUCACUCGCAGUAAAAAGCUAUCUCCAGCCAAAAGGGUUGCUAGAACAAAAUCUUCGGCGCCCAAAUCUCUGCCAAACUCGGUUCUACCCAAGCAGCCGUCGCCGCGCAGCAAGAAACGCGCCAAACGAAGUGUCAAAAUUCGCGGCGGUACCAAGGUUUCCUCUGCUUCAAUUACGAGUAGAAAAACGUCUUUGGAAAGAAAUGCUAAAUCCUUUUCCACAGAAAUGGUACCAUCUACAAGGGUCCUGAUCGAGUCCAAAAGCCUGGAGAGAACAUCAAAAAGUCACUCCAAAACUGCAGCAAAGAUGGAGCCUGUUAGUGUUGUAGUCAGCACGGACCAGGAUGAAAAGGAAAACAGUCCUGAAAUACCUGUCAGCCAAAAUGGGGGUGACAUUGGUACAACAGCAGAUCUCUACUGCUCACAAGAGCUAGUUUAUACAACAAGCGCUGGAAAUGACACAGAAGAUACUUUUCUGCUGUGCGAAGAAGUAAUGUCUACUAAAGAAGUAUUCAUCACUCAAGCCCACGAGACACCUGUUACUGAUGAAGUAACAUACAUCAGGCGAGAAGAACUUGAAGUAGAACCAUUUGAUCCAUUCUAUUUCAUUAAGCAUCUUCCACCUUUAACCCCUCAAAUGCAAAGGCAGUGCCCAGCUCUUCCAUUGAAAACAAGGAGUAGCCCAGCAUUUUCAUUAGUCUUAGAUCUUGAUGAAACGCUAGUGCAUUGCAGUUUAGAAGAAUUGGAAGAUGCUGCAUUCAGUUUUCCAGUAUUUUUCCAAGAUACAACGUACCAAGUGUUUGUACGAACGCGACCGUACUUUCGAGAGUUUCUCGAGAGGGUAUCGCAAUUGUUCGAAGUAAUUUUAUUUACCGCGUCCAAAAAAGUAUACGCCGAUAAAUUGUUAAAUUUGUUGGAUCCGCAACGCCGUUGGAUUAAGUAUCGUUUGUUUCGAGAACAUUGUGUCUGCGUCAACGGUAAUUACAUAAAGGAUUUGACAAUUCUUGGACGCGACUUAUCUCGCACAAUCAUCAUCGAUAACUCACCACAAGCAUUUGGGUACCAACUUGAAAAUGGUAUACCAAUCGAAAGCUGGUUUGUGGACCAGACAGAUCAGGAAUUAAUGAAAUUACUUCCCUUCCUCGAAAACCUUGUUGACAUGAAUAAAGACGUACGGCCGUACAUCCGUGAAAAGUAUAGACUCUUCUCCUAUCUGCCUCCUGAUUAAGUCGAACGGCUCUAUGGCAAAUACUCAUGCGUGCAAUCGACAUCCUCACGAUUAUUUGACGGACUGUGUGACUACAUACCCUGACCUUCUUAUUCUUUAAUUUGAGCAUUUAUCACUGGUGGUGCAACUUUUUGUUGCCUUUUCAAUGUUUUUCGGCUGUUAAUCUAGCCGCUAUUUUAUGUGUAAUAUUAUACACAUUAGAGACCAAAUUUAGAAAAUGUCGAGUA